GGUUCAAAGGUCUUCCUGAGCACGCCGAGCACGUACUCCCUCCCAGAACACGCAAAAUCCGUGCCCGACAAUCGUCUCGCCAAGUCCUCCUGCUAAGUUUUGCUGAGACACCGACGACAAUAACAAGCAAACAUGACAUUAACCACCCCGGAAACACGCCGAUUUCCAUCGCUGGCCGAGUUCAAUGUCUUUCUCAUGGAUGACAUCGGACGUGGCCGUGAUAUUGUACCACAUGCUUUGAAGUCGACCAUUGAGGAAAAGCUCAAGGACCAACCAAUGUCACUAAGAAGAUGGGACUCUUCCUUCAUGCCCGAAGGCCACGACGAUGAUUUGCCUGGCCAGAUCCCGUCUUUUGAAGAGGUCAAAAUCAUUUUAGCAAGGGCCGUAGAGUGUGAAAAGUUUCAGGGUGAAGAACUUAUGUGGAAUGGUGGGGUUCUUCUACGCUUGCUUCGGGGCAUAUUCGAAGACCGUCUUGGUGGACAGUGCGAUGACUUUAAUGCCAUACUCUGCACCACAGCCCGACCGGAUCGAGAAUUCGAACCGAUGCCAUCCACAGGCAGGAUGAUUGACGUCUGCAUAUACGCCUCGCUCGACCAGAAUCAGGAACUCAGGGCGGCCAUGGCUGAGUUCUGCAUGACUGCGCCAACUGCAACUGUCAACCAUACCGACUUUGAACCUCUCCAACUUCGCCCACUUGUACUUGGCAUCGGAACCAGGAAGCCCGGGGUGGAAUGGGACAGGGCUCAGGUGCAAAUCGGCAUCUGGCAUGCUUCCCAGUGGGCUUUUCUUCGAUGGGCCGUUCGUCAGAAGCUUCUAAAACGACGCGUAGCUCAAGGCGCCGAUGAAGGGGAAGUAGAGUUCCAGGCAGAAGAGCGUGCGGUGUUGUCGAAACUUGGCUUUAUCCCAGGCAUCAUUGUACAAGGUAAUCGAUGGCACCUCGUCAUCUCCACGUAUCAUGAAGGGAAAACCACGCUCUGGGCGGAGUGGGUGUUUGGCACCACCAAGAGCUUGAUGGAUAUUUACUCGGUCAUUGCUGGUGUCCGUCGGCUGACUGCCUGGGCAAGGGAUACCUAUUUACCAUGGUUCAAGGAGAAUGUUCUGAUGUAGACGCUGAGAUUUUGAGAGUAGCCAACGGAAUUGAAUCGGGCUGAGAUAGAUUGUUAACCUUGAUCAAGAAGUAAUGCCUUGUUGUAAUUCAGCCAUGUGUCACCAAUUUCCUCGCUGCCGUA